AUGUGCAAAGAUUGCUUGCGUGAUUCAUGCAUUUUAAACCCGCAAAUUGAGAUAUCGACUCACUUUAACGAUUACCCAUAACUCGAUUUAACUCAAAACGUUAAACGCUGCUUUACUACCGCACAUGUUUAAGUAUUUAUAGAUAAACUGACUCCUUUUUUGCCGCAAAACAUACGCUUGUUAAAGUAUUGAGUAAUACACUGAACAACGUUGGACGAAACAUUUGAAUUGAACAAUGGCGGAAAUACCUGACACAGUUAGGGAACGUCACGUCAAAUUGAAGACGGAUAUAGUAGCAGAAUUUGUGACGGGCAGCGAUGAAUAUAAUGCUUUUGUGGAAGCAUUUAAAGCACAAGGGAUACCAAAAGGGAAACUGGGCAAUGCCAAAUCGCUUUUUGACAAGUUCACAUUAUUGGAGAGUUCUGGAAAACUGGCACCAGGAAAUUAUGAUGCAUUGAUAAACAUAGCUAGCGUAAGCAAUUGUUUAGAUAUCGUUACGUUAAUUAGGACGGCGGACGCGGACAUAAAGUCAAUGUUGCCGGAUUGUCCGAAAGAUAUUUCGGGUCCCAGCACAUCAAAUGGUACACGUACAAACAAGAGAGCUGCCGAGGACCCGCCUUGUCGUCUUGGAGAACCAAAGAAAAAUCGGGUGUCGUCACUGGAAACUGAUGAAGAGGACCCAAUAAGGACUCGUGACCUAAAAGGACGUAGUUGCUAUGACUAUAAAGAUAGGCGUGGCUAUCUUUUGAUAAUCAACUACACGAAUGGACGAAACGCUGCAGAUCAUGAUGUGAAGGCGUUGAAAAGCUUCUUCAGAGACGAGGUCCACUUCGAGGUGGAUGUCAACGACAAAGAUCUAUCCCUAGCCGAACUGAAUGAGUAUCUCGAGGCAGCUAAAAACAAACUCAAUGGUGUACUAGGCAAAAACAUAUACUGCUUUAUAUGCGCAAUCAUGGGGCAUGGGAAUCAAAAUGGAAUUGCAACCACUGACGACAAAUUUAAAUCCGCUGAAGACAUUCGAAUGGAAUUUCGAAACGACACAAUUCCAAAUUACACAGGGCGGCCAAAAAUCUUCCUGCUUCAAGCGUGUAGAGGAUCAGUUCGCCAAGAUGGCGUUGAAAUCGAUGAGGAUGACGAUAAAGCUGAAAAUUCCGAAGCGGAAAUUGACGAAGAUGACAUCAUUAGUAAAGUGCCUCUUGACGCCGAUACGCUUUUAGCCUUCUCGACGACACCAGGAUACAAGUCCUUUCGGAAGACAGGCGGUACAAGCUUCCGGGGUUCUUGGUUUAUUCAAAGCUGCGUACAGGUGUUUCAAGAGUAUUACAAAUCAGACCACUUGGAGGACAUGUUGAUCACUGUCAGAGAACGCGUGGCGGAGUUAGAGCGCCCAGACGACGGGAAGAAACAGAUGCCAUGCGUCUGGAGCACGCUGACUCGGCGUUUGUACCUUACAAAGAGCUGAUUCAAUAAAUAUAAGUAACCUUCGAAUUCGCUUACUCGACUUCCAUAAUAAAUUCCAAGAUAGCAAAGAAGUAAUCUAGUUUCUGAUGCUCAAGUUAAUGGUAGUUACAUUGUAUUACUUAUUGAAGUAAGUUUGACCUGGAUUAUGCGAUUUUAGGCGCUACUUUAGAUUGUUGAGUUAUCGACCCUAAAAUAAAGGCAAGUAUAUGGUAAAUAUGAUCUUCAUAAAAAGAUCUAAACAACAUAAAGAAACAACAGCAGCUUAAAGUUUUGCUCAGGAACGAUUUAUUGAAAUAUAUGACCUAGAGCAAAGAGUAUAUGUAUAGUAGUUUAACGUUGCCAUAGCAAUGAUAGCAACCCGAGAAAGUCAGCUAAGGGUUUGUGAGGACGUCGUAUUCUAACGGCAAAAUUUGCUUUUCAAAUGAAAAGAAUUAUAUGACUUUACCAAAAGAAAGGUGGGAGUCAACCUUUGUUGUGCCAUUGGCCACACCGACUAAAGAUAUUUUCAUAGGCAUUAUUUCAUUUGACAUUCUAGCAUUGUAAAUAAAACUUAAUCGGACAUAAUUAAUGGUUUGUACGUAUCGUGAUUAAGUAUGACAUAAUAGUUUCAUUUCUUUGAUAUUUGUUGAAUUGUUUCUAUGUCAAACAUGAUCUCGCAGAAUUUAAUAUUAUUAUUAAAGCCCAUGUUUUUGAUCAUACUCAUCCUCACCUGUUAUUAAUUACGAUAUCCAAAACUGCGUCCGUAUUUUUAAUUUCAUCAAAUAACGUUCGAAUCCAUACCUUUCAUAUAACUUGCAUAUUCGAUUUUGUAAAGGGACUGUCAACCACGAAUGACGAAAAAAUAAAAGUUCUAAAAAACCGGGUUUUUUUAAUUAUUAGUUUAUAUUGAUUAAAAUUUCAAGACUGGUAUAUUACAUUACUUGAAAAAAGUUCAUGUUUUCAGUAUAUUCGGUAAUAAAAUUUCGCAAAGUGAAAUCGAAAGUUCAUCGCGAAAAUAGGUGACAUAACGAUAUACACACUAUAAAUAACGCAAGUAGAUUGAUCAUUUGAUAUAUAAAAUAUAUGCAAUUCACAACGCAUGCACAAUUUGCAUUGCUGGGUUUACCACGUGACGAUGAUGAUCAAUCUACUGGCGUCAUUUAGAGUUAACUGGUAGUUACCUGGUAGACAUAACCAGUAAAAUUUAAUAUCGAAUAUACUGAAAAUAUGAAAACUUAACAACUUUUUGCAAGUAAUGUAAUAUACCAGUCGUGAUAUUUUAAUCAAUAUAAACUAAUAAUUGUAAAAAAUACGGUAUUUUACAACUUUUCUUUUCUUCGUCGUCGUGGUUGACAGUCCCUUUUAAGCGUUGCAAUCAAAUUGUACAUAUAUGUAAAUGAUUGACUUACAUAAAAGACGUCAUGUCA